AUGGAUCAAAGCGAAAGUAUCCAAAAUGAUCAAAGUAUUUAUAACAACUGUGAAAGUGAAAUUUUUUACGAAAUGGAUCAAAAUGAAUGUAUCCAAAAUGAUCAAAGUACUUGUAAUAACUGUGAAAGCGAUCAUGAAAAUGAUGCAAAUGAUCAAAGUGAUCAAGAACUAGCAUUAUCUAAUAAUAAAAAAAAGUUCAAGAUUAUCACGAAGUCUAAGUCUAGUUUUAAAAGUUCUUGGCUUAAUGAGUUUAAAUGGCUUCAAUAUGAUAAGCUUCCAUAUUUUGUUCAAAUGUCUCGUGAAUUGGAAUCACCAUUUAUUAUAGAUAGUUCAAUUACUUAUGAAAAUGAAGUAUCUGGUCAUGAAUUUGCAUUUGCUAUAUCGAAUAUAAUUAAGACUAAAAUAUGGGAAGAAAUUCGUAAAUCUGUAUCUUUUGGAAUUAUGAUCGAUGAGAGUACAGAUAUUUCUACAAACAAACAUAUUGAUAUUUAUAUAAUGUAUCCAAAUAUUUCUGGAAAUAUAAAGACACAUUUUUUGCAAUUACUUGCACUUGAGCAAAGUGAUGCAAAAACAAUAACUACGAAAUUAAUUAGGCUUUCAGAUGGAGCAUUCGUAAUGAUUGGAACUAAAAAUAGUGUUGCACAAAAAUUAUCACAAUUACGAUUAAAAAAAUUAAAAGAAAUUCGAUGGCUUGGUUGGUAUAAAGCUGUUGAAAACUUUGUUAAAACAUUGCUAGCUGUUCUUUUGCAACUUCAAAAUGACAAUAAUAAAGUUGCUAGUGACUUAUAUCAACGAUUAUGUAACUGGAGGUUACUAGGAUUUUUUUAUUUUAUUUAUGAUGUUUUGGGGCAAUUAUCAGCACUAAAUAAAUUUUUUCAAAAGCAUAAUCUUUAUUUUCAUGAUAUUAUUCCUAUGAUUGAUGUCACGAUUGAUGUUUAUGAAUAUGCAAGUAUAGUAACUACUGAAAUUAGAAAUCAUUUUCCGGAUUGUCCUUUGCUUGCAACAAUGAAAAUUUUAAAUCCUGUAGAAUGGUCUUGCAAAAAAGAAGAAUUAUUAGAAUUUGGCAAUGAUGAAUUGCAAGUUUUAUUAAACCAUUAUGGAUCAUUAAAAACUAUUAAUGGACAAAAUUUUUUAUCAUUAGUAGACUCAGAUUCUUGUAUUGUAGAGUGGUCAGAUUUUAAAAACAUUGUUUUUUCAAAUUUUUUAUCAUUUUCUUCACGAGAAUUAUUGCCUAUUUUAAUUUAUGAUUACUCUGAUAUUUUUUCUAAUAUUACUAAACUAGUUCAUAUUACUAAUAGCAUUCCUUUUUCAAGUGUAGAUUGUGAACGUAGAUUUUCUAAGCAAAAUACAAUUAAAACCUAUUUACACAAUUCUUUGAAUACAUUACCUUAG